AUGGAUUGGGACGAGACGCAAGACUCGCAAAAGGUACUGGUGGACAGGCUGAAAUCUUCUGGCCACUUCGACAGUGAUUGCGAAAUCCGGCCGGCGAAGCGCCUCCGACUUCGUGGCAAGACGCCGAGCUAUCUUUGCAUUCCCGAUGCUGAGGAAGACGAGGAUCCUGAUGAGGAAAACAACGAUGAGAACUAUGAAAAUUACGAAGGUCCUGCUCCGGACUGGGUCGAUGGAGAGGGUGAUCAGCUAAUGGGCCUGGAGCGCGCGAGUGAUGAUGGUCAUGAUUUUCAUGAGCCGAAGUACUAUGCGCAGGACGGCACUGACUUUGAUUGGGAGGCAGCCCACGAGGGGCAUGUGAAAUGGUGCCAGGCAGCGGGUGUGAAUCCGGAAGUGACAUCUGCAGAGGAAGAGCCUGAGACAGAGCCUGCUGCGGAGACCGUCAGCAAGUGCGGCUCUUGCCAUUGGUUGGACGGUGACGGGCGGUGGCACGUCGGGCCUGUCCCCGAGCUCGAUGAUGAGACCACCGGCCAGAAUGAUGGGGCCGAGGGCCAGGACGCGCAGUGGGAGGCCGAUGGAGAUGAUCUCGAGGUUCCCGAGCAGGAUGACGAGCCGUGGGAACAAGCUGCCGAGAAUGAUGAUCCCCGCGAGCGGGCCGAGCAAUGGGGAGCUUGCGAGAAUGACGAUCCCGAGCAGGCCGGGGAUGAAGCUUGGGAGGAUGAUGAUCCUUGCGAGCAGGCCGAACAAUGGGAAGCUUGCGAGGUUCACGAUCCCGAGCAGGCUGCGGAUGAAGCUUGGGAGAAUGAUGAUCCCCGCGAGCAGGCGGAGCAGUGGGAAGCUUGGGAGAAUGAAGAUCCCAAGCAUGACGAGCAGCGGGAAGAUGACGAGAAUGAUGAUCCCGAGCAGGAGGAGCAGUGGGAAGAUGGCGAGAAUGAUGAUCCCGAGCAGGACGAGCAGUGGAAAGAUGGCGAGAAUGAUGGUCCCGAGCAGGACGAACAGUGGGAAGAUGGCGAGAAUGAUGAUCCCAAGCCGGACGAGCAGUGCGAAGAUGCUGAUGAUGAAGAUGCGGGCCAGUGCCCCAAGCAUGAGAAGCAGCGGAAUGAAGAGUGGCCUGAGAGUGGCCAACCAAAGGAGGCUCCAGGUGAUCACGUGGCCGGAAGCGCCGAGGCCGAUUCCACAUGGGUAAAUUGGCCAAGAGCGGCAGCCACGAACGUGACCCAGGACUACCCCACGAAAGACGACCAACAGCGCCUCGAUGCCUGGUGGUCCAAAUACCGGGUUAAGGAGCCUACCCCCGUCGAGAAGCAGGAGAUUGGGAACCCCGACCUGCCCGCAAGCCUCGAGGCCGUGAUGCCCAGCAACGCGAAGCCUGAUCGCACCCGGGACACCAAAGGUCCUGCAGCAUUCGAGAUCCCCACAACGAGUGGAUUCCCGGGUGUGCCUGACAAAGUCAUGAAGGCUGCUCUAGGCGCAAAGGCUAAGAGCAAGGGCAAGAAGAAGCAGCUCAAGAGAGCACCCUAUGCCGAUACAGAAUACAAUGUCCAGAGAAAGAAGUUCUUUGCCACGCUUCCGCCAAUGCCACAGGCCGAGCGACAGAGCAGGUGGAACAACAGUGAGUUCAGGAAGCAGGUGCUGGCCGGCAUGGGCAUGGAUGUCAACGAGAUGAAACGUCGCCGCUAUGUAAAGCAGGCCAACCGGUUGGCACGUCGGGUGGCCUAUCUGCUCGAGUAUCAGCAUCGAGCUGGGUCGUUCUACGUCCUCGAAAACCCCAGCGGCUCUAUGCUUUUCGACUAUCCGUGUGUGAAGGUUACACUAUGGGGUACUGCACCGUUCAUGGACAAGCUCUAUGAACAGCUGACUGGAACAAGGAGGAACCAGCUGCGACGGAUCCAGUCAUUCCUGAAGAUGGACAUCAGCAGGGGAUAUAUCGAUGAACACGGCCGUUCCCGGCGAGUGGGAGGGAAGGAUCUAACGAAGACCGCCGUUUAUCCCGGUACUUUGGCACUGAAGGUUGCCGAGCUAAUGGAGGAGCACUUCGCGACCCUGAAGCCAAGAGCUUCUGUCAGCGAGCUGGAUAUGGAGCUGUGCGAUACCAAUGAUGCUGACAGCUCCGAUUCCGGCCUGGAGGGUUUGGUCGGCUCCUCCAUGCAGUAG